CCAUCAUUGCAGGCAACACUUCCAGACAUCCGGAGUUCGAGGAUACUCUCACUGUAUGGAUGUUCGAAGAAGAGGUUCAGCACAAGGGCGUGAAGAGAAAGCUGUCGGAGGUCUUCAACGAGACCAAGGAGAACGUGAAGUACCUGCCUGGCAUCACAUUGCCAGAGCAUGUGAAGGCCGAACCCGACCUCAAAAAGGCAGUGAUGUACGCAGAUGUCCUGAUUUGGGUCUUGCCCCAUCAGUUCGUAGCGCGAACCGUGUCGAACAUGGGGAAGAUUAAGGACAGCUGCGUUUCGGUGAGUCUGAUCAAGGGUGGUUUGGAGUUGGAGGGCGGCAAGCUGGGCUUGUGCUCCGACCUGCUGCGAAAGCUCCUGGGUCAUGAGGUUGGAGUGCUCAUGGGCGCCAACGUGGCCAACGAAGUGGCUGCUGGGGAGUUCUGCGAAGCGACCUUGGGUAUUCAGGACAAGAAGCACAUGCAAAUGCUCGUGAAGUUGUUUGAUUGCCGCACCUUCCGCGUCACCGCUGUGGAUGACAUCCCCGGAGUCGAGCUCUGCGGUGCCUUGAAAAACGUGGUCGCGCUGGGUGCAGGCUUCUGCGACGGCCUGGACUAUGGAGGCAACACCAAGGCGGCCUUGAUCCGCAUCGGCCUGCAGGAGAUGAAGACUUUCAUCAGGUACUUCUACCCUGAGCCUACCGACCGGUGCCCCAUGGCCACUCGGAGCGGCAGCCUGGGCCGGGCGCGUUCGGAGGCGGCGAAGCUUCCGGCGGUGUCGCGCAGGGUGGGCAGUUCGCCACCGGAGAGGAAGGCCAUGGCGGGUGACGCCUGGGCCCCAAGCAGUCAAAGCACUGACAGAUCUUCCAAGUUGCCUUCCAUCGCUCUGGGCCCCGGUGUUCCCAGCGGUUACCGCGCCGACAUGGAGGCGCGGCCCAAGCGCACCCCGCCCACGGCACCCCGCGGGAAGCCGCCGGCCGGCCGCACCCCAGCAGUUUCCAGCGCCGUGGCAUCGGCGCCCGCGGCGGGAGAUGCGGUGGAUUUGAAGAACUACGUCAGUGAUGAACUGCGCAAAGUCCUGGAGGAAGAAGAGGUCUCCUACAACUGGCGCCGGAGGCCCAAGCCGGUGGAACAAGCACCUCCAGCGGCAUCUGGAUCCUCCCAGGGGAGACAAAACCAUGGUGAGGUAAAAAACUCCAAAUCGUCGCCGCCAAGUCGAGCUGCCCCAGCCCCAGCUGCGUCGGCCCCAGCUGCGCCACCGGCUGCGCCACCGGCUGCGCCACCGGCUGCGCGGGGCACGGGCUAUGCGCUGGCGGUGAAGGAAGGAUCGACUGUAGGUGGCGUCGCGGCCUCGCUUCAGCCAUGCUUCUGUUCGAAGUUGGAACCCUCCCAGUUGACGCCCAAAAUCCGCCUGGUCUCCUAUGAUGGUGGCAUAGCAAUGCUCAUGGCUGGUCCUUUGUGUAGCUCGUCCACGAAGACGGCUCCACCUCCACGAUGGUUUUUGCGCUGGAUCCAAGGUCGCAGUUCCAGCAAAGUCUUCAGCCUGGCGGCAGAGGAUUGGCUCCGAGCUGAGUUGGGCUCCACGGAACCGUCUCCAGGUGCGCCCCGCGACGUGCUCGCCGGGCUCGUGCCUCCCAAAGCGUUGCUCGCCGGGCUCUUGGGCGAUCCAUCGCUGAACAGCGCGGCUGGCGCGGGGCUGGUGGAGCAGUUCGGCUCGCCCAACGCUGCGUGCUGCAAGGCACUGCACGAAGUGAUGGCAGCCACUGAUCCAUUGGAAACGAUGGAACUAUUGACCUCCCAGGUGGAAGUGGCCCUGGGUCGCCUUGAACCACCCCGCGGCUGUGCUCCUGCGGAGCUGCUGCAGGCGGCGCUGCGACGGGAACUGCUGCGCUGCCUGUGGUGCGCCGGGUCCUUCGAAGGUCACCCAGGUCCCGUCUCCUUCGACGAUGCCUGGCUGCUGCGACAGCUGCCGCGGUCUCCGGAGGCGCUGCUGGAGGAAGCUGCCGAGGAGGAGAUGCUGCGGCGGGAGAACGAGUUCCUGGAUCGAUAUCUGGUGAGGCUCAUGAAGUUGAAACGCAGUUUGAGCUUCCUCUUGGAGACCUGGCAGAAGGUGGAUCACUAUCAGAUUCUGGGCGUCAGCAGCUCCGCGAGUGAUAAGGAGCUACGGAAUGCCUAUCGCAAGGCUUGCCUCAGGUUGCAUCCUGAUAAAGGUGGCGACAAGCAGCAGUUCCAACAGCUGCAGGCGCAUCAGGGGCGGCCUUUGGAGGAUUCCUACGCGCGGAUCUUGGAAGAACGACAGCGCCAAGCCGCCGCGCCAGAGCGGCCGCCCUCCAUGCCGGGCCGGCCGCGGGGCUCACAAGGUCCGUCGCUGUCCAUUGAGGCUGAGACGUCACCGCCUGACCCACGCUGGUCCUCGGAAACGGCGGAAGUUUCGCAGUGCAUCACGAGCUUCCAGCGGCGAGCGGAGGAGAUGCGGGCUUUGCUGCGAGAUGCCGCAGCGGCGGAGAUUCGGCGGAGGGCGGUGCAGGGGCCAUGGGAGCAGCUCAUCAAGGAACUUCAUGGGGACCUGGCAGUGGAGACACUGGCAACCGCACAGGAAGCGGGAGAGAAACUCAUGGAGCUGAGCCAAAAGAUAGGCGAGUUGGCCCCCAGCCUCUCGGAAGCCUCGAUGGAAGUAGCCGAGUCUUCUCUGGCCCUGGCGGCGCGUCACGCGGCGGUGCCUUGCGCGCUGCUGCUGACGGAUGUGGCGCUAUCCAUGACGCUGGAGGCAUCGAGGUUGCAGCUGACGGGGAAGAGCUUGCUGGAGGUGAAGCGUGACACCCUGGGGACCCUGCAGACGUUACAGCAGAAUCUGAGCAUGGCCAAGAUUUUGGGCUCGGUGGAUGCCGACACCUGGCAGAUCAGCAUAGAUCGGACCCGGCCCGGUUCAGAACCCCAUGCCCUGUUCGCCCAGGAAACCUUCAAGCUGUCAGUGGGUUUGGUCAGGAAAGCCACCAGUCGCAUCCUCCACAGCAUCAAGGAGGUGCAAAAGGCCAGUGAUGCUGCGCUGCAACGAGGUCGGCACUGUUUGGUCCACGCCUCCUCCGUCUGCCGCUUCGCCGCGGGCCGUGGCAACGACGACGGCCACGAUGGCCACGACGGAAACGGUGAACGCGAACGGCCGGCGCUGGCGUGUGGGGAGGCAGCUUCGGCCAACUCACCGCCACCAGCACCGGCCGCAUCGGCCGCCGCAUCGGCUUCGCCGGUGCCGCACCCGGCGGCGCCGCCUGCGGCGGUGCCGCCGCAGCGACAGCAGAGGGCGCAGAACCAGCGGCUGCUGCGGCAGCUGAAUUCGGAGCUGAAGGAUCUGCAGCGGCGAGGCAAAGCGGCACUGAAGGCCCAGGAGGUUGAAAACCCAGAUGCUGACGUGUCACCCUUCACUGGUGAGCUCUUGUGGCUUGCCACCGAUGCCGUGCUGCAGCAAGAGCACUUUUUUUUGGAUCCGCAGCUCUUGAAGGCGACAGUGGCGCAGGAGUUUCACUUCGUGGAGGUCUGUGGCCUGGUGGACGACUUGUCGGUGCCCUGCGACUUCUCGGCCCAGCUGCUGCGUUACGCCGUGCUGUCGAACGCGCAGCAGGUGUUGCAAGGCUUGCAGGAAGCGAAGCGGAGGCUGCUGGCCCAGGCGAGAAGUGACGCUGUCAGGGCGGUGCUGGAGCAACACUUUGAGCUGCUGAGUGCUGCGGUGGUCGCCGCAAGAUGAGUACUACAGUGACCCCCUGGUAUCAUAACGGAUAUCGCAAUCAUGGCCAUUUAGAGUGAGUUUUCC